GCUGUUACUAGAUGACAGCCCCUGCAGCCUCAGGAGCCUCGCAGGCCUGCCAGGCAUAGGAUGGAAAAGGUUCCUGCUCUGAGUCCGACCUCACCGUACUUAGGCUGGUCCUAAAGGCUGAAGCUUGCCAAACCUACAAAUUUCCCCCAAGAUCGCAUCCAGGAUGACGGCACCCUUUUUCUCCCGUGGACUCCUCUUGCUCGUCGGCCUGUGCUGUCUGCUUCCCAUAACCAAGACUAAAUAUGAAGACCUCUAUGAAGACCCAAACAUUGAUCCCUUCCAGUGCCGGAAGGUGGCUCUCACCAUCUCCAAUAUCUCCAUCACCUUGUUCAAAGAGAUGGCUCAACUGUCAGUAAAUGGAAAUAUCUUAUUCUCCCCUAUUAGAGUCAUUGCUGCCAUUUCAAUGCUGUCCCUGGGAGCCAAAGGUAAUGAAAGCAAACGCAUCCUGGAAAUCCUAAGGCUCAACAAAACAGGCUUGCCUGAAGCUGAGAUCCACAAGUGUUUCCGGUAUCUGCUCCGUGCCAUCCACCAGCCUGAACAGCUAUCACCACUGAAAAGUGGUAGCGGUGUGUUCAUCCACCAGGAUCUGACACCAGUAGACAAAUUUGUGGAAGGAGUCAAGAACCUAUAUCACUCUGACAUCGUGUCCAUCAACUUUACAGACUGCAGGAGGGCCAAGACACAGAUCAACAAUUACAUGAUGACAAAAAGCAACAAGGAAAUUAAGAACAUUGUCAAGAAUCUGGAGAAUGACACAUACAUGGCUGUGGUGAACUACAUUAUCUGGAAUGCCAAAAUUAACAGCGACUUUGGCUGCCGAUCUGUCAAACAGAAGGACUAUCAUUUAGAACAAGGGAUGACAAUCAAGGUACCGAUGAUCCAUAUCGUGGACUUGAAUCACUUGUUCCGAGUGGAGGAUCUGUCUAGCACGGUGCUGGUGUUUACUCUGCUCGCAAGCAACUUCACAACCUACUUCAUCAUACCUGACAUAGGGCAGAUGCAAAAGGUGGAACAGAGACUGACCUACCCACACUUCCGCCGAAUGAGACGACAAUCUAAUCUAAGGAUGGUUAAUUUAGAGACACCAGAACUGUCAUUGUCUGAGACCCAUGAUGUGGAGUCAAUGAUGAACCUACUAGGAAUCACCUAUGUUUUCAAUAAUGAUGCCAACAGCUCAGCGGUCAUGAAUGACACACUUCAAAAGUCCUUCAAGAUGGUAAGUAAGGUCAAGCUGACCAUCGAUGACAAGGGGUCAAAACCUGGUAGAAGUACAUGCUUCAAAAAUGACGGGUCGGUCGAUGUGGGUUAUGUUCAGUUCAACAGACCUUUCCUAAUCUUCAUCAAGGAUCCAACAAAUGAUGUCCCCCUCUUUUUAGGCAGAGUGGUAAAUCCCAAACACUAACUGCUCUUGGGAAUCAGCCCCUCUCCUGAGAGCCGUGAUCCCUUCUUGCUGACAUUAAACAUGGGAUAGUUUCACUCAUGCCUGAGUGCAACCAGCAAA